CCCGCCCCGCCCCUCCGAGGCCUCCCUGAUGGCUCUCUCAGGCUGUCCCCCUUGCCCUGUCCCCUGUUCCAUCUCUGCAGCCGGGGGUGGGGCCUGUGCUUGGACGAUGCUCCCACCAAGGAUGUCAUCGACUUCCCUUCGGUGCCGCCCGGGGUCCUCUACGACGUGGGCCACCAGUGCCGCCUCCAGUAUGGGGCCUAUUCGGCCUUCUGUGAGGACAUGGACAAUGUGUGCCACACACUCUGGUGCUCCGUGGGGACCACCUGUCACUCCAAGCUGGAUGCAGCUGUGGACGGCACCAGGUGUGGGGAGAGCAAGUGGUGUCUGAACGGGGAGUGUGUUCCUGUCGGCUUCCGGCCUGAGGCUGUGGACGGCGGCUGGUCGGGCUGGAGCCCCUGGUCCGUCUGCUCGCGGAGCUGUGGUGUGGGCGUGCAGAGUGCUGAACGGCGGUGCACACAGCCUGUGCCCAAGUACAAGGGCAAGUACUGUGUGGGCGAGCGGAAGCGCUUCCGUCUGUGCAACCUGCAGGCCUGCCCCCCCGGCCGCCCCUCGUUCCGCCACGUCCAGUGCAGCCACUUUGACGCCAUGCUCUACAAGGGCCAGCUACACACCUGGGUGCCGGUGCUCAACGACGCCAGCCCCUGUGAGCUGCACUGCCGGCCUUCGAGCGAGUACUUUGCUGAGAAGCUCAGGGACGCUGUGGUGGAUGGCACCCCCUGCCACCAGGGCCGGCCCGGCCACGACCUCUGCAUCAACGGCAUCUGCAAGAACGUGGGCUGUGACUUCGAGAUUGACUCGGGUGCUGUCGAGGACCGCUGUGGCGUGUGCCACGGCAAUGGCUCCACCUGCCACACCGUGAGCGGGACCUUCGAGGAGUCUGAGGGCCUGGGGUACGUGGACGUGGGGCUGAUCCCGGCUGGCGCCCGUGAGAUCCGCAUCGAGGAGGUGGCUGAGGCCGCCAACUUCCUGGCCCUGCGGAGCGAGGACCCUCACAAGUACUUCCUCAACGGGGGCUGGACCAUCCAGUGGGGCGGGGACUACCCGGUGGCAGGCACCACCUUCACGUACGCGCGCACAGGCAACUGGGAGAACCUCACGGCCCCCGGCCCCACCGACGAGCCCGUCUGGAUCCAGCUGCUCUUCCAGGAGAGCAACCCCGGGGUGCGCUACGAGUACACCAUCCACAGGGAGGAGGAUGGCCACGGCCACGGCCAGCCGCCCGAGUUUUCCUGGAGCCACGGGCCCUGGAGCCAGUGCACGGUCACCUGUGGUACAGGUAUGCAGAGGCAGACUGUGCACUGUACCGAGCGACAGGUGGGGCCCGUGGACGAGAGACACUGUGACCCCCUGGUCCGGCCUGAUGACCGCCAGAGGCAGUGCAGCGAGGAGCCGUGCCCUGCCCGGUGAGCCCGCCCUGACCGCUCCUGGCCCUGCCACAGACCCCACAUCCUGGGCCCACAGGAGGGGCUGAGGGAGUGGGGCUAA